CCUAACUCUCCCGCGGGGGGGUACUUACUCACUUUCGCGCUCGCGUUCGCUCCCGUCAGCUUCGCGUGCAUCGAAUGCGCAUCUUCCCGUGAAUAAACGGACUGUGCAUUGUGUUCCGGGAAGAAGAGGCAUAAGUGGUGAAUAAAGUUCACCAGAUGCCACUUUAGUACUCGUCGCUCUCUGCUAACGCAGUAUGCGCUUCUAACUCCUUCCAAGAUUCUGUAAAGAUACGCUCGUAACUUUUCUUCUAGAAGUAGAAAGGAAUUAGCGUUUCUACUCUAGGUUGUGACAAAAGAAAAAGUUCCGUCAAUACACAGUGCCGUUCAGUGCAUUACCCCGCUCUGAGGAAGAACAUUUGGUGAAGUUCUUCUUUCUGGUGAAGUUCUUCUUUCUUUCAGUGUGAGGCGAAUUCUUCAGGCACUCGUCGCGCAUCUCUCUGUGAGAGAUCUGUGCGUAUAACGAUCAUCUCUUGUGAUUUGUGACUUGCCAGCGAUAGAAUUAAAGAAUUUCUUAAUUACAGCGAGCUAAGCGCGCGGACCGAGAUACAUCAGAUUUAUCCGGUGGAAAGAUUAAGGGAAUACCCGACUGCCAGCAGCCGUGGUACCGCGGAUUUCAUGAUUCUCGUUUGACAACGACGACGCGACAGCAGGCCACCCCGGCACCGGUGAGCUCUAUGACCAUGCUUCAGUCGCAAAAGCUGUACGGCGAUGCGGGUGCCAUGACCAGCGCCGCAAUGUCCAGUAUGGGCAGCAUGGCGCCCACGUACAGCUCGAUAAACUCAAUGGGAUGCAUGCCGAUGGGCAUGUCGAUGGGAGUCGGGCCCAGCUGCAGUCCUCAGGGCGCCGGAGGUUUUAACAUGAGUACCAUGAGUUCAGCAAUGGGAAUGGCGUCGAUGGGAGGCGGCGGGAUGAGCGGUUACAGCGGUGCUUCCAUGGGCGCCGGCGGUGCCUGUAUGAGUGCCGUCGGAUACGGUCCGUUGACUCCCGGCGGAGGUACCGGCGUCAGCCGGGAUCCUCUCGCUCUAACAGAACCGGACUCGCCGAAUUCGGUUCUACAGCGUGCCCGCACCGACAAGUCCUAUCGACGUAGUUACACUCACGCGAAACCACCGUAUUCCUACAUCAGCCUAAUCACCAUGGCGAUACAGAACGCGCCUCACAAGAUGUUGACUCUCUCGGAGAUUUAUCAAUUCAUCAUGGAUCUGUUCCCAUUUUACAGACAGAAUCAGCAGCGUUGGCAAAACUCUAUUAGGCAUUCCUUAAGCUUUAACGAUUGCUUUGUCAAGGUGCCACGCACGCCGGAUAAACCUGGUAAAGGAUCAUUUUGGACGCUGCACCCUGACAGCGGCAAUAUGUUUGAGAAUGGUUGUUAUUUACGACGUCAAAAGAGGUUCAAGGACGAGAAAAAAGAACUGACCAGACAAAGCAACAAACACCAGCAACAUCAGCAUCAAGCGACAGCUACGGUAGCGGUGGCAGCUGGCGCAACCAUCGCCGGCCAGCACAGUCCAUCCACUCACGAAGUCGCGCCCGGUUCUAAGAAGACCGGUUCGUCCAUCCACCAUGGCGGCCCUCAGCCGCAAGACGAUAAAGACUUGCACUCGUUGGUGUCUUCGCACCAUCACCAUCACACGAGUCUGCAUCAGCAUCACACCGCUCUGAAGAGUGACACGGAUAUUGGCGGUCUUCUCGGACCCGAUCUCAGCGCUGCACACGACGAACUCACCGCAAUGGUCAGCCGCGGUAUUCAUCCGCAGCUAUUGUCCGAUACCGCGACCCUGCACCACGGCAUGACAGGCAGCCUGAAGCAGGAACCGCUUUACGGAACGGCAGCCAAUCAUCCGUUUAGCAUCAACAGGUUAUUGCCGCGCGAUACGGCGGGCACUUCUCCCGGUGCUCAGGACACCAAGCCGCCCGAGAUGAAGAUGUACGAGCUGCAUCAGAACUACGCUAACUUUGGCUCGCCGCAUCAUCCGCACGCGCAUUCAGCGCACCCCAGCCAUCAUCAUCACAACGGCAUGCACGCCGGUACAAACGCCGCCGGGCCAAUGCACAUGACGAAUCAUCAUCAUCAGGAUUAUUAUCAGAGUCCGCUUUAUCAUCACGCGACAAGCGUAGCCACCACCAGCGCUCCUCCGCCACCCGCUGUCGCCACCGCGGCACCGGGCUUGUGACAUCACGCUACCCACCC